AUGACGGGGAAAACCUUGGAUGAUAUAGAUGCCCGCCGCAUCUCUCUUGGUACGCUUGCUGGACAGCUUUCGGGUUUUAUUGGUGGGAGUGAGGAAGUUAAAAAUGCACUUGUAAAUGGUUUGCACAGUAAUGUAAAUCAGCUUGUUAAGCGUUUACAAACAUCUUGCGGAGGUGAGGGGUGUGAUGAUCAUCGUGGUCAAAUUAAUGAUCUUAAUGAGAAGCUUAAUAAACGUAAAAAUCACCUUAAAGAUGAUCAAAAUACUCCUGUAAAUCUUGCUAAAAUCCUUAAUCAGUGCAAUUUAAAUGAUCUUAAUGGUCCCUUAAAUAAGCUUAAUGAGGAAAUUCCUAAAAAAAUUCAGAGCCUUAAUGAGCAAAUUAAAAAGCUUGAAGAUGAAGAUAAAAAGCUUAAAAAAGAGAAUAAAUCUCCUCAAAAUGCCUCUCAAAUUGACAAGCUUAAUAAGGAUCUUCAGUCUCACAAGGCUUCCAAGAAGUCUCUUGAUACACUGAAUGAGUUUUGUGAUCUUGCUGAGUCACUGAAAACUAAUGAAAAUAAGAGUCCACAUGAUUUACUUGAUAAAUUGUGCACAGGCCUCGAAAAAUUUCUCGGCCACAGUAAUGGUAAUUACACUGGCUCCGGCAUCGUGUACUCGGACCUUGACAGGCUGUGCGACGGGGUGAUGUCUUUCCUUCAUGGAGUUCUUGAGACUGUGAAGGAGGAUGAAAGUGUUACGAAAUAUGAUGUUAAAGGCACUGAUAACAAUAUUAUUUCACUUAUUAAGCUACUUGAAAAUAAUGUAGGUCAAGGCCGUCAGGCCUUCGAGGAGGCCGUGACUCAGGUGGAGGAGAGGACUGGAGCAGUGAAGACUAAAUUAGGUGUGAAUGAGUAUUACAAGAAUGUCACGGACGAGGCGACCAACCCACUUGCCAGGCAACUGGCGGCGUGGAGGGGGACACUUAGUAGCAUUUCUAGCGCACUUAGAGACGAUGUACAAAAUAAGAUUAAUGAGUUAGAUAGCGCACUUAGAGGUAGAAUAGACGUAGAAAUGAAGCCGAUAAAAAGCGUUGUGGAGCACAUGAAAUCUGCUGCCGAUGAUCCAGCGUUCUCUGCCCAAGUGAGUAAUGUGGACUAUCAGAUGGAUAAGCAGAAGAGGACUGUUGAAAGCAAAAUUUUAGAUACAUCGCAGGAGCUUAAAUGGAAUCUAGAUACCACUUUAAGUACCAUAAAUGGCAAAAUUGAUGAAAUUAAAACGAUGCAAUCUACUACGCUAAAGGGUCUGUUGAGUUCAGUCAACACCUUGAUGAAGGAUCUUGAGAAGGCAAAUAUAGCGGCAAAAUCGUUGGAGAGAGAAUAUGAUAGUGAGAUUGUUGCGCGCUUGGGAGUCAUUGAUGGACAUUUUACGGCUCUUGAUACGACCGACAUCUGCGAUGACCUCCAAGAUGUUUUCGAUAAGGUCAGUGAAGAAUUGCAUCACCUUGAGGAGCAGUUGACGACGCUUGCUACCAUUCAUCAAGAUGUUAGAAGAACCGUAAAAGGGGGGUUGAGUGGUAUCGAAACUGAGUUGAGUAAGGAGAUCGAUCUUCUUAAGGAUGCCAUCAAGAGUAAUAUUAAGGGGUAUGUUGAAAGACAGUUAGGGAACCGUAUAAAAGAGGCGAUCGACGAGAAAACUGAUUCGAUUGCGGAUGAGAGGGGCACAAAAGGUCAUUUAGAUAAAAUUGUCAAAGACCUGGCGGCGUAUGCUAGGACUUUUACUACCGACAGCUUUAAGACUAAAGUGGAGGAGUGCCUAAAUAAGAUUUUGGGUAAGGACACAGUGAAUAUGUAUAUACGUUCGUAUGUCCACCAAAACCAGGGUACGGGCAAUUUGAAAUCUGGUGAUACAUUUGCAGAUGCGAAUCGUGAAGCAGUAAUAAGCGACCUGAAACCUAGGAUCUUAGACCUUGUUAAAAACUCCGGUAUCCAAACUCCAACCGGAGCUGGAACAACCACGCAGGCGAUAUUUGAUGAAAUUCACAGGUUUUAUGAUGACGUUGCCAGCACACUGGAAAGCAAUGUUGAUCCAAAUAGGGCUGAAGGAAUUGCUACAUUGGUUGAGACUAAAGUUUUGGGUGGGCCUUCCUCUAAGUCGAAUACGAAGAAACUUCUCACAACUGGCAUCCAAGUGACACUGAUACAGCUUCCCCUCAUUGCCAGGCAAACUGCUGAUGAGAUAAAGGCAUUCGUGCGAAAUUGCAAAAUACAAUCCCACGUGGAUGCAGCCACCAGGGCUGUUAAGGAGCUUGGGCAGAAUCUUCAGACAGCUCUUACUCCCGCUACCGACGCCCGUCAUCAAACCCUUGGUAACGUGAUCCAAACCGCUCUCGGAGAUGAGGCUGUACAUUUCAACACUCCACUCACCAAACUCAUCAAAGAAGCAGCCGAGAAGGGUAUGGAAAAGUUAAAUGAAAGAGUGAAAACAAUAAUGCGAGGCAAACUUGGUGAAAUUAAUCCUUCUGUCCAAAGGCAAAUCGAUAGGCUAAACAAGGUUCCAGCCGGCGCCACUUCAAUGAAUAUUCAAACGCGAGUAACCGAACUUCAGAAACGGAUUGGGGCUGCAAGUCAAGUAGUUGCCACAGCAAAAGAAAAGGCGGCAGAUUAUAUGCAAACACAAGUUGAGUCUCUUCGAAAGCAAGUUGGCCAGAUUCUGGCGGAGAGUACAAAAAUUGACAGUGAUAUUCAAGCCUUUAAUAGAUCUCUUGAACAAGCCAUAAAAUCAGCGAAAGAAACCGUUCAAGAAGCCCAAGAGGCAUUCACAGAAAAAAUCACCGAGGUCAGCGAAUCGCUCACCGCAACCGCCGAAGAAGCUUUCGACGCCGUCAAAACCGCAGUCCAAUCCAUGUUCUGCGAGCAGCAUAAGGCGGACUUAACAGCCUUACAAACAUUAGUAAACGAGCAAAACGCUGCGAUAACCGAGAUCAUUAGGCAGGAUAAAGAGAGUGGCAUGAAAGGCUUGUUGGCAGAGAUGUAUAAGACGGAUGGGAGUAAAAUAAACUCACUCAAUCAAACUGAAUUUGUGCAAUCAUCCACGAAAUUCCAAGCAUACUCCACACUCAUCCUCAACUACAUCGCCACGCAAGUCAGACCUAAAUCACAUAAGGCCUCCGACAAGGAGGCCAAAAAGGUCGAAGAAAUCAAAGAAGGAUUAAACGUUUUGCUUAAAUAUCUUAUAGAUGGUACAAGCAGAAAAUUCUAUUUCGACUACACUUCUCAAACUCAUUUAGAUUCACUCAACGCUCUGGUCACCGGCCUGGCGCCUACUCUGUUCGCCGGCUACAGCCACCCGGAACUGCUGGACGCGUUGAAAGGCGGAUUGAAGGAGAUGACUGCGCAGCUGGACAAGGCGUACGUUAACAAAUAUUCGGGCUCAGAGCAAAUCACGUGGGAGGAAUCUAACGGCCCAAAGGCCGAAAAAAAGUUAACUCCAGACGCCAUGAGAUGCGCCAGAGUUUUAGCUACUAUAACGUCCACGCUCUUUGAGCAGUUGUAUAGUCUGCACUAUUACGGAUACACGGCUUGGGCAUCGCUUAGUAUUGAUGGCACCGUUGGUAAGAGCCGUGAUUUGAAAAUCCAUUUCGAAAAAAUGGGCUACCACACUGCCAACCUUAUUAAUAAGAAACACAGUGGUGAUAUCAUUGCCGACAAAUUACGCACUGCGUUUCAAUCGUAUGCAGAAUUUGAACAGUUUGAUCCCGCUGAACAAAUACACAUCGUCAAGUACCUCCAUUCCACGCAGCAGUCCGGAGGCCCGCUGUCCAAGCUAUACUGGCAUCUGGUCUAUUACCUUAAGGCGUGCCACAUGAGAAUCUCCGAACCCAAAUCCUAUCCGUCUUCCAUCCGUGACAUGUUAUCGUGGCUCUGCGGUCUCCCGUAUACCUCCGUGUACAGCAUGGUUGAAAAGCAUUGCACCGAUCAGCUUAACAAGGAGGUGAACGACGCUGCUAAGCAAUCCAAAAACCCCGAUCCCGUAAUUAGCGAUAUUCUCAAAACAGAUUUGCUUGCUAGCCUAUCAACCACGUGUGACUUUUCAUACACCGUACUCAUCAGCAUCUGCGGCCACGGCAACGGUGCGCAAGGCGCAGACUACCCCUACGCUUGCACUUUCUUAGAUAACUCCCAUGGUUUCCAUUACCCCUCAAAUGUUCCCAGUCUGUUCGACAUGCUACGCGACGUGUGUACACGUUUGUUAUACCAACUGUAUUUCGUGUACAGCAGAUGCCGUACACCCUCCGCAUACCUUGGUUGGCGUGAGUGCUAUUACGGCAACGGUGUCGGAGGUUCCUCAUGGGAGUGCAACACCAUGCUAUGUCCCAACCAACAGUGCUCUCAAAUUGCCAACCAAAGAGCUGACCAAAAGACCAACCAAAGUGUUACCCAAAAGGCUGACCAAAACACUAAGCAACGCUGUGAUCAACAUCCUAGCUGCGGUGUCAAAUCCCCUCUCCAGUCAUUCCUGGGAGACGGCUUGAAAGGCUUCCUGCCGCAUAGCGUAACAUCUAAGGGAACAGAGCUCACAUGUUCCAGUUGCCGCUCCGCCCCGAAGGGUACGCCCUGUAGAACACCCAUGGGUUUCUGCGAUCUGCUCAGUGCAGGCUCCAUAACCAAAAAGGGUAUCACCUUGCAGAAUGUGCUCCAAACGGUUUGUGGAAAUGCCGAUUCACCGUUACCAAGAUUGCUACGUUGCCUGACGUGUAUAUGCCCUGUUGCGCCGAGGUGUCUCGCCGACAUGUUCCCGUUGUUCUGCAACGUGAUGCAGCAGUGGCACUCUGUGCCGAGAUCAUAUUCGCAUGACGAGGCAUACAAGGUGAAGCUUAACAGUGUCAUUGAUAACUGUUUUCCAUCGUCAUUCACCAAAGUGUUUCAUAACGAUUACAACGCUAAUCGGCUGACCGAUAAGCUGAGAGAUUUGUAUCGCUCUGACAGCGACCACAAAGGCGUUAAUAAUGACCUGAAUCAUCGCGGUCUUCAGAGUUUGUCGACAAAGCCGACUACUGAUAUUACCAAAAAAUGUUACGGUAAAGAAAUUCAUUGUGGUCCUUACCUUCAACCCCUCGGGCAUAGUGCCCAUCACACGUACGCCCCGAAGCAUGCCCAAGUGUAUCUCCGAUGCAUCGUAUAUCUUACAUGGGACUUCUGGGAAUUACUUGAAUGUUUAUUCAACGCCUUCAAAAAUAUAUCAUGUAAAUCGCAUGGCUGUUCGUCAUGUAACUGUCCAUCCGGUAAGCAUGGCGUCAUUGAUACGGAUCCGUCAAAAGCUCCGAAAGCUCCGGAACCGCGUUGUCACUGUGAAUCAAUCGUGCAAUGCCAAGGCGCACUUACCACAUUCUACCAAUAUGGUUUCACUUUCCGCGCAGCUGGCGAGUUAAUGGAGGGUCCGACGAGUAGGCGGUGCGAUAGCUUUGUCACACAGAUGGAAAGAGUCAUGACAUCGAAGUACUUCCGGGAGCUUUUCAUUGAAAUCGAUAAAUUUAUGUGCGCCAUCAGAUGGCCAUUUAUGUGCACUCUGUUAGCCCUCUGGUCGCUGUCGCUCCUGUACCUGCUGCACAUCGCCGUCGUCCGCCUCGACGUCCUGAGGAUACGCUCCCACCUGAGAUCGCCCUCAAGCCACCGCAUCGCCGCGCAGUCGCUCCUCGCCGCCGCACGCGUCAAGGCACUCGCCAACGUCAAGUACUUCUCACCAUAA